UUUAAUUAUGUGGCUUUAGGUUUAUAUUUUUGGCGAUAUAAUGUAAAUAUUGAGUUGUGUGUUGUAUAAUUUAUUGUGAAGGGUUUGUCUCUUGUUUCGUCCUCACUGUUGUGAAAGUAUGGGAACAUGCAAGAAGAACCCGAAGUCUUGUACCCUGAUCCCGGGUUAUGGACAAAGACCUCACUCAUCCAGUUGUUUUACGGGAUUAUGGUUAACUUAACUUCGGUCACUUUCGGUAUAGCUUUCAGCUUUUCGUCUGUAAUGAUGCCGCAACUGUCCAAAGUCGAUCCCAAAAUUAUAACAACGAUGACGGAAGAAACGUUGAUAGUAAGUGUGUUACCAUUCUCCACAAUGAUUGGUAACGUGAUAAGCGGCUUCCUAAUGGAUACUUACGGACGUAGGAAGGCGCUGAUUCUCUGCGAGGUACCCAUGAUUAUCGGAUGGAUUCUGAUUGGGUUCGCGAAAACCCCUGUCGAGUUAAUUAUUGGUAGACUUAUAGUUGGCUUAGGCUGUGGCAUGGGCAUGAUUCCUCCACGAGCAUACGUCACUGAAAUAUCACUGCCAAAUAUGAGAGGGGUGAAUGGUUCCUUUCCCAGUGUCGGUAUUGCCCUUGGAGUUAUUUUACAGGACUUCGCGGUCGCGUCGCUUCUCGCACUGUGCGAGUUGUAG